CCGGGUGCAGCAGCUGUCACCCUCAUACAAAAAAAACCCGAAAUCAGCUCUUGUUAACCCCUAGAAUUACCCUUUGUCCUCAUGGGUAAAAUCAGCAGUUUACUCAUAAUGGGUUAAUAUAUUCGCUGUCCGAGUAAUCGGGACAGGCUACCUGUACACUGGUCCAGGGGUCGGUCAUGGCCCUUUAACUCCAGGAUGGCGGCUUUGGCUCUGAUGUUGUGUGAGGCUGUAGAGAAUGAAGAUUCAAAGGAGGUAGAGACACUUCUGAAACAUGGAGCUGAUCCAAACUUGGUCUUAUCCAACGGGAUUGCAGCCACUCACCUGGCGGCUGGAAAGGAGAGCGAGUGCGCCCUCAGAUGUCUGACAUUGAUCCUGCAGUACGGGGGGGAUCCUAAUGUCAGAUCCAUAGAGGAGUUGACCCCUGUACAUGUAGCUGCUUCAUGGGGCUGUUACAAGGCUCUUGUCUUCUUGCUUCGUAAAGGUGGUGACCCCAGUCUACAAGAUCAGGAAGGGAACACUGCUACAGAUUUGGCAUUAGAGGAGGGGAAUCGGAGGUGCGUUGUAGCACUGCAAGAAUAUACAGAGAGAGAGCCAGAGAGUACUGGGCCAGAAGAGAACCAUGGUUACUAUAAAGAUGACUCUUCUCUUCCUGAUGACAUCACACAAAUGAGUAGCAUUUCUCUCCUUUUGGAGUCUUCCUAUGAUAACUCUCCAUUUAGCAGUACUAGACUCUCCCCAUUUGCUCCACCUCCGAAGAAUGUGCUUGCAAGAAAGGGCAUGGAUUAUGCUGUAAUGGGAAGUCACAUGUACCUGGGAAGCUGUGGUGUGACCAUGAGUUCAGAAAGGAAAGAAAUUCAUACACUGGUAGCUCAUGAUUCAGACCCAAAUGUUUGUCCAAAAAAUGCUCACAAUAAAAGCUGUAAUUACAAACUAGAUCCUUCCAUGGUAAUGUCUAGCAAACCUAUAUUGCAUGCCAGUCACAGCACUGAAAACUCUAAUAGUAAACCUGAUGCUGACGUAAUCUGUGUAGAGAUUCCAUAUUGUAAGGCUGAACUUUAUACACAGUCCAAAACUUCAAUACAUGGACAUAUUUGUAGCUUACCUGUAGAUUACACUGAACCUCUUUCCCACACAGAUAACAGUCCAUGCAGUUUGAAAUCCACAGAAAAGGGCAAUCUGGACAUCUUGACAGAUGGCAUAAUCCCUCAGGCUAUUAAAGAAAGCAUGGAUGGGUUGGAUGUAACAUCACCAGAUCAUGUUUACGUGUUCAGCAGAGAUUCGGUCGCCAAAGAUGAGGAUUUAGAGAAGACAUUGGCUAUCCAACCACUUGAUGAAAAUGCAGACUUAGAAGAGCAGAAUGUGAGUUCUAGUAGCAAAUAUAACAGUUGUGAGAGUGAUUGUUAUACCAGCAUGGCGGAAAGUCCCAGCAGAAGUGAAAAACAGGAUGAAAACUUGGAAGAUGAAACCACAAUCAAUAAUAAAACCAAUUGGUCUGAAAUCCAAUUGGUGAAAUGGGCAAAUUCCCAAGCGCAGGCCUGCAGGACUACAAACGUAAAAGUGUCGUUGCUAGAAAAUGUAAAAUCUCCCUCUAAAAAAAUGGAGGCAGAAGUAUCAGCUGUAGAUAAUAGGGAAUGUUCUGAUAUAUCUACAGAGCCACUAAAGGAAUGUAAGGAAGAGACAAGCCGUCAAUAUAUUGUUGGAGUAAGACAAACACAGUCUAUUGGGCAAGAAUAUAAUAACAGCAUAACAGAGACAUUGGGUAUAGUAGAAUCUUCUAGUCUUUCUCCAAAUGAACUUUGUGAUAAUGGUCAUGGGAAUGACAAUCAGAAUCUGAAAGAUCAACUGAGAAAGCUAUUGUUGGCAACCAAGGCUUGCAAACAAAAUAUUUCAUUGUGUGACAAGCAGUAUAUGGGGGGAAAUUCAAGGAAUGUCUCAGCAUUGGUCUCAGACACACAAGAUAUUGUUUUUGUGAGCAGUGAGAGAAAACUGGCACAUAAACAAGAUCAGAUGUAUAAUCUGCACAGUAAAACUACAGAGCCUUUGACAAGUUUACAGUCUAGCCCAACCUACUCCAGUGACACCCUUAACACCCAGCAAAUAUUUGUAGUGCCGGUAGAAAGAACAGACACUCCACUAAAUGAUGAGCUAAAAAAUAUGAUGAUGUCCACAAAGAUUGUCCAGUCCCCAUCCAUUCUAGAUCAGAUGACCAGCCACUCUUUUGUUACUCCCCGCACAAAAAGCCGCCUCCUUUCCUCAAACUCCCGUCAUAAUAACACCUCCCUUUUUGAUGACACGGUAGAUAUGCCAAAACGAGGAAGGCGAAUUAGGAGCCCAGAUGGAGCAGCACAUUCUCCACACCAAACAAAUGCUGUGCAUUCCAGGAAAAAACUUUUUCCCUCAGAUGUUGCCACUGAGCAGACCCAGUCUUCUGACUCAUCUCUUAGUUGGGAGUUGUCAGACAAAUCCAACAUAAUGAAAGCAGCCUCCAAUAAUUCAAGUACUCUAACUUCUGAACUAAUACAGACGCAUCUCAAUAGAUUCAACGAACAAGAUGUUAACAUAAGCAAUUUUCUUACUGAUGACCUAUCCUCAGACAUGGACAGGUCUAAGCCCACUUCUCGUUACCAUGAAAUUCCUGACCCUGUAAAAUCUGAAAACACGUGGCUAACAGAGGAUGGGGAAAGCAGUGGAGAUACCAUCAUUGGUUCUAAUAUUGCACUUGAUAAGUCCUUAUCUAAGCCUCUUGUUAAUGGCUCAUUCCUUCACAGCACAUGCUUGGAAAAUCCACCCGAAAAAGCUACAGAUUUCACAAGAAUUCCACGUUACAGUUUUAGUAGACUGUCCUGUAUUCUUAGGCAUCCUGAAAAUGAUCCUUGCUCAAGCCAUAUACUUACUGUGCAUGACUCUUGUGUUCAAGAUGUGCCACUUUCUCCUGGUGGACGACCAAUGAAUGAGAGUCAUACCGAGCCUAUGGAGUAUCUGUAUAUAGACACAGAUGAAGGUCACACACUUAUAGAGAGGCAUGUCCCAUGCAGGGAUAGUUCUUCUACUGACAUUUCAGAGAGCUCUGACAACACUAUUAUUUAUGACUGGAGAGACUAUAAAAGUACCAGUCAAAAAAUAAAUAAGGUACCAUCUUCUAAUCGUGUGGCUGUAGAACUCUACAGACUGUCCAAUGAUGAAAUUGCUAGACGGCUCAGGGAGCUGGGGGAAAAACCUGGAGCAAUAACUAGCCAGACAAGAAAAACGUACAUUUCUCUUCUAGACAAGCGGAUAAAGGAAUCUCUUAAUCGGGGAUACAGUGGAAGCACAGGAUUCAACCCUGAGCUUUCCCUUGCUCUCCGUACCUUUCAGAUCCCUGAAUGCUAUACUGAUGAGGCAACACUUUCCCAAGAGUUUGACCAACCAGACAAGACACAGAAAUGGAGAGAGGGGGUCCUAAAAUCUAGCUUCAACUACCUUCUGUUGGACCCAAGGGUCACACGAAAUCUUCCAUCUCGCUCUCACACAUUAUCAAAGAAUGACUGCUUCCGCAUUUUUGUCAAUUCAGUAUUUUAUAUAGGCAAAGGGAAGAGAUCACGUCCAUACAGCCACCUUUAUGAAGCAUUAACUCACUUUAAGUCCAGCACAAAGCAGCCUUGUUCCAAAGUGCAACACAUUCUGGAUAUUUGGAAUAGCAGCCUAGGUGCGAUCUCUCUCCACUGUUUCCAGAACACCAUCCCUGUGGAGGCGUACACACGAGAGGCCUGUAUGGUGGAUGCUAUAGGUUUAAAAAUGUUGACCAAUCAGAAGAAGGGUGUUUACUAUGGGCAGGUUAAGAGCUGGGCUCCUUCUCGACGCCGGCGUCUUGGAGUACACAUGCUACAUAGAGCAAUGCAGAUCUUCUUGGCAGAAGGAGAACGUCAGUUGCGACCACCUGACAUAAGCACAGGGCGGUGAGAGAAGGCAUGAAAAGACCCACUACUGAUGAAAUAACCUAAUCUGUAGAGGAAAUUGGAGACUGGGCUGGCGGACAAGGUUAUGACUACCUUCGAUCUUGCAUGACUAUAUCAAAAACACUUAAUAGUCUAAGCCAUAACAAGGUGAAUAUGUGCCAUAAUUUGUCUUUCUUCUAUGGUAACUUUUAUACUGCAGAAUGUAAACUUUUCAUUCAACACUGCAGAGAAUUAAAUGUUACAGAUCAUGUUUCCAUAUAAAAUGUAACCCCCCAAAAAUGAAUUUAAUUUAAGAAAUGUAGCAAAACUCUUUAAUGGCAUGGAUUUUUUUCCACCUUGUAAAUAUUUCUCCAUACAAUUAUUAACUAUGUUAAAUUAUUAUGCAAGGCAUUUGAACAAAUUAACUCCCGUUACCUACAUAAUUGUGUAUAGAUUAGUAAUCUGGCAAUAAUCAAUUCUUUAAGAGAUACUGGAAAACAUUUAUUUUUGCUAUUUUUGAUACUUUAAAUUAUUUUUAAAAAUGUUUUAAUGUAAUGCCAACCGACAUUCAGCUUGUCAUAUUGUUAUACAUUUUUACACUCAGUUGAACUGAGAUCUUGUGCAACAUCAAAUUUUUUUAAAAAUACCAAAUUACUGCUACUACUGAUUAAGGCUAUAAACACCUUGUACGUUGGUGUAAUUGCUCUCUUUGAGAUUAACUACUAAUAAAUCAGUAUACCGGAAGAAGAGACUUAGACAAUGAGAUUCACCUACCAGUGUUUUGCCCCUGGAGGGCAAAGAUAAUUCAGGGCUCAGAAGAUGAUUUACAAUCUGUACAUUAAAAAAACUGCUGCAAUAAAGCGUUUAAGCAUUAAGCAUU